GAGAUGUCCCAGAGCCGCCUUUGCCCGCCACGUAGGGCUCGGAAGGUCCCCGCGGUUCCCCUUAGGCGAGGUGCAGCCGCGUGCCCCGCGCCUGGGCCGGCUGACAGCUGUCAGCGUGAGCACGGGGCAUCCAUCCCUCCUGCCCGGAACCCUGCGGAGAUGGGCUCACACCCAGAGAUGGGCGAGAUGGAGUCCUAUAAGGUGAUGCUGAACGGGCCGGCGCCCUGGGGGUUCCGGCUGCAGGGAGGGAAGGACUUCAGCAUGCCGCUCUCCAUCUCCAGGCUGACUCCAGGUGGAAAGGCUGCCCAGGCCGGCGUGGGAGUGGGCGACUGGGUGCUGUACAUCGACGGGGAGAGCACCGGCACCAUGACACACAUCGAGGCCCAGAACAGGAUCCGCGCCUGCGGGGACAGGCUCUGCCUCACCCUGAGCAGAGCCCAGAACCACCUGGGGAAGCCGCAGAAGGACUCACUCCCCUGCUCUGAGCCCCCGAAAUAUAACUUCGCUCCCAGCACCGCCCUCAACAAAACAGCUCGGCCCUUUGGGGCCAGCUCACCUCCGAACCCACGGCCUGGGCUGGUGACGAAACCCGUGACGUACGUGCCCCUGGCGCCCGCCUGCACCCCCCAGCACAAUGGGAAACCACAGGAGCACCCCAGUUCCCCCAAAUAUGACCCCAGCAAGUUGCAUCUGAUCGAGGACUCUGAGGACUGGCAGCCCCGCAACACCAGCACCCAGUCCCGCUCCUUCCUCAAACUGGCCCAGCUGACGGGCACAGACAGCUUUGAGGACCAUGAGGAUGAGCCGGUUAGGAAGCCCAGGGGUCCCCGUGUGUCAUUUUGGGGUACAGAGGAGGAGUGGCAGUCCAUGCACCCCCCCGGCACCCCCGCGUGUGACCCGGGCAAGCUGCGGCUGAUGGAGGACGCUGAGGACUGGCAGCCCCGCACCGGCACCUCCCAGUCCCGCUCCUUCCGCAAACUGGCCCGGCUGACGGGCACUGAUGGCCUUGAGGACCAUGAGGAUGAGCCGGUUAGGAAGCCCAGAGAUGCCCGUGGGUCAUUCUGUGGUACAGAGGAUCAGCGGCAGCCCCCGUCCCACACGGAGCCCCCCACCGCCCCCGCGUGUGACCCGGGCAAGCUGCGGCUGAUGGAGGAUGCUGAGGACUGGCAGCCCCGCACCGGCACCUCCCAGUCCCGCUCCUUCCGCAAACUGGCCCGGCUGACGGGCACUGAUGGCCGCUUUGAGGACCAUGAGGAUGAGCCGGUUAGGAAGCCCAGGGAUGCCCGCGGGUCGUUCUCUGGUGUGGAGGAGCAGUGGCAGCCCCCACCCCACGUGGAGCCCCCCACCACCCCCGCGUGUGACCCGGGCAAGCUGCGGCUGUUUGAGGACGCUGAGGACUGGCAGCCCCGCACCGGCACCUCCCAGUCCCGCUCCUUCCGCAAACUGGCCCGGCUGACGGGCACUGAUGGCCUGGAAGAUGUGUUUGUUAAGAAUCCCAGCAGGGAUGCCCGCGGGUCGUUCUGUGGUACGGAGGAGCAGCGGCAGCCCCCGCCCCACACGGAGCCCCCCACCGCCCCCGCGUGUGACCCGGGCAAGCUGCGGCUGAUGGAGGACGCUGAGGACUGGCAGCCCCGCACCGGCACCUCCCAGUCCCGCUCCUUCCGCAAACUGGCCCGGCUGACGGGCACUGAUGGCCUUGAGGACCAUGAGGAUGAGCCGGUUAGGAAGCCCAGAGAUGCCCGUGGGUCAUUCUGUGGUACAGAGGAUCAGCGGCAGCCCCCGUCCCACACGGAGCCCCCCACCGCCCCCGCGUGUGACCCGGGCAAGCUGCGGCUGAUGGAGGAUGCUGAGGACUGGCAGCCCCGCACCGGCACCUCCCAGUCCCGCUCCUUCCGCAAACUGGCCCGGCUGACGGGCACUGAUGGCCGCUUUGAGGACCAUGAGGAUGAGCCGGUUAGGAAGCCCAGGGAUGCCCGCGGGUCGUUCUCUGGUGUGGAGGAGCAGUGGCAGCCCCCACCCCACGUGGAGCCCCCCACCACCCCCGCGUGUGACCCGGGCAAGCUGCGGCUGUUUGAGGACGCUGAGGACUGGCAGCCCCGCACCGGCACCUCCCAGUCCCGCUCCUUCCGCAAACUGGCCCGGCUGACGGGCACUGAUGGCCUGGAAGAUGUGUUUGUUAAGAAUCCCAGCAGGGAUGCCCGCGGGUCGUUCUGUGGUACGGAGGAGCAGCGGCAGCCCCCGCCCCACACGGAGCCCCCCACCGCCCCCGCGUGUGACCCGGGCAAGCUGCGGCUGAUGGAGGACGCUGAGGACUGGCAGCCCCGCACCGGCACCUCCCAGUCCCGCUCCUUCCGCAAACUGGCCCGGCUGACGGGCACUGAUGGCCUUGAGGACCAUGAGGAUGAGCCGGUUAGGAAGCCCAGAAGUCCCCAAGUAUUGUUCUGUGGUACGGAGGAGCCGCGGCAGCCCCCGCAGCCCCUGGAGCCCCCCACCACCCCCGCGUGUGACCCGGGCAAGCUGCGGCUGUUUGAGGAUGCUGAGGACUGGCAGCCCCGCACCGGCACCUCCCAGUCCCGCUCCUUCCGCAAACUGGCCCGGCUGACGGGCACUGAUGGCCUGGAAGAUGAUGAUGUAUUUAUUAAAAAGCCCAGCCAGGUCUCCGUACCGGACCCAUCCCCGGGAGCAGCAAUGAAGACAGAACCAGGAUUGGCCCCCAGGACCCCUGCUGCCACCCCUGGCCCUACCAGCCGCCCGCCCUGGGCUGUGGACCCCUCAUUUGCUGAGCGCUACGCCCCAGACAAGACAAGCACGGUGCUGAGCAAGCACAGCCAGCCGGCCACGCCGACCCCCAUGCAGAACCGCAGCUCCAUCGUGCAGGCAGCCCAGCAGGCACCUGAGGGCCCCGGCCGUACACCCCUCUGUUACAAGUGCAACAAGAUCAUCAGGGGACGCUACCUCGUGGCACUGGGACAUUAUUACCACCCCGAGGAGUUCACCUGCUGCCAGUGCAGGAAGGUGCUGGAUGAGGGUGGUUUCUUCGAGGAAAAGGGCUCCAUCUUCUGCCCCAAGUGCUACGACACGCGCUAUGCGCCCAGCUGUGCUAAAUGCAAGAAGAAGAUCACCGGGGAGGUCAUGCAUGCACUCAAGAUGACCUGGCACGUGCAGUGCUUCACCUGUGCAGCCUGCAAAACUCCCAUCCGCAACCGUGCCUUCUACAUGGAGGAGGGACAGCCCUACUGCGAGAGAGACUAUGAGAAGAUGUUUGGCACCAAGUGCCGUGGCUGUGACUUCAAGAUCGAUGCUGGGGACCGGUUCCUGGAGGCACUGGGCUUCAGCUGGCAUGACACUUGCUUCGUCUGUGCGAUCUGCCAGACCAAUCUGGAAGGGAAGACAUUUUACUCCAAGAAGGACAAGCCGCUGUGCAAGAGCCAUGCUUUCUCCCACGUGUGAGGGGCAAGAGUUCAGCUGUGCCCAUGCAUACCCCUGGCCCUGCAUGCUCCUUUCCCACCUCUUCCCGUGCCCCAGGUAGCCAGGCUGAGACUUCACCCCUUCCCCUUGCUCCUGCCUCUUUCCUGGCAGCUCCUAGCUGGGGCCUGGCAGAAGCAGCCCUGGCCCCUUCCAGCUGGCUAGCUUCUUUUGUGUCCCCCCUAGCUGACAUAGGAGCCUGGGGAAGGGGCUGCCACAAAGGUCUCCUUCCCCGAAGCUGCUCAGCACAAUGGUUGUAGCCGUGCUGAGGCCGGCGCUGGGGAGGGUCUGGCUGCAGCAGGGCUGCUCCUUUGCUUUGAUGGGUUCCGGCUGCCUUGGCACUCAGCACCAGAGCAGGGAUGCUCCUAGCCCACAGCCCCCGCCAAACUCUUCCCUCACCUCCCCAGCUUCAUACUCAGCACACGGGGUUUGAGCACUGGCCCUUCUCCCCCUGCCUGCAGUGAUCCCUCAGCCAGGCAGACUGCUGCCGUGGUUUCCUACCCACCCCCACAUGGCCGCAUGCCAUGGAGCUAGGGGGGCUGUGGGGCUGUCCAGUGGCAGCACCCCCGUGCCAUGGAGCAGGACCGUGUGCCAUGCCUGCCCCAGCCAUAGGCUGGGAGUGCACACCGGCCUCUGGCUAAUGGGUUCCCAUCAAGCUUGAAAACUGCUUCCUACCAAAGAGCGCGUGCCACCGCUGUCCCAGCACUGUAAAUGCUUCUCCCAACCCCCACUCUCCAGUUGGGCUGCGUCUGAUGUAGCCACGGUGCUUUUAGUGCCUUGAAUAAACACUUUUUUGCGAGUG